AUGGCAAUUCUAUUGGCUUUUGGAGUCUAUUACAUUUUCAAGUACAAUUAUGAUUUAUAUAAAAUGCAAAAACUGGGCGAAGAUGUGAAAUGUGCCCUUCCAUCCUAUGUCACCGUAUCUUCUGAUUCUGGCAGAAUAACACCUCUUCCAUCAUAUGAUGAUAAGGAACAACAAAACUAUCCAAAGUUGCAACAUUUAUUUUUAGCAUUACCUCCUCGUGUGUAA